AUGGAUAUUCCGUCGUCCCUACUGUCUUUCAUUCCCAAGGACUCCUUCCUCUUAGAACCAGUGGGAAGCCCUUUGCCUAUUAUAACCGUACUCACACCAGAACAACAAGCGGAUGAAGAACCAACACCAUGUCUUCCGGAUACUAGACGGGGGGUCCAAUCUAGCACCUAUGAAGAAUAUGGCGCGCCACAUGAUUACCCUGCAAACAGCCUCUUGGAUCCUAUACCUUUGCUAGUGAUGAAUUACACACGAAGCAUCCCAACUUAUGGUGUCGAUGACAUGCAGGCAUUGUCUUUCCAUCGGACUAUCUUCGGGCCAAUGAAGUCAACACGCACCCCUACUCACUCAGCUCAAUCCCUUUUCGUCAAUUAUGUCAUGGACAAGCAAAUGGCGCUUCAUUUCCUCCUCGCUGUCGCUCAUAGUGAGCUCUCGCUGUACUAUGGCAAUGGGCUCGUUCUACCCCAAAGGUCUUAUCAGCACUUCGACCAAGGUACAAAGUUGCUCCGCUACGCUUUGACCCCGCGAGGGCUUCCUGAUCACGUUAACAUGAUGCUCUCCUUUUUGUACAUGUAUAUGUUUUGGAUGCGUCGCGACCAACCAGUCCCACAAAAGGUGCGGGAAUUGAGUCAAACAGUAGUGAACUACGUGCGGACCCACAAGGUGGAUGAGUUCUGCAUUAAUGAUGGCGUGAAUCUCUUCCCAGAGGCUUUCGCUGCUGGACUAUUAAUUCCAGGUCAAGUCCUUCUAGCGCGAAUCUUUACAUAUUUAUACGAUCGCGACGGUUUCUGCUCCUUCUUCGGGUGCGGUGGCUCCUUCGCUACAUUUGUUAAUGAUGACUACUCUAAGAGACGUAACAUCUGGAGACUCUCGCGGACCGUAUUUCUUUUGUUCCCGGAAGAACAAGGGCUUCCUAGUGGGAGCUUGCCAGAGGUCCAUGAAGCAGCGAUAUUGGACCUUUAUUUCACGCUCAUUACCAUUCACCAUGAAAUUAAUAUCUACAGCCAGACCGGGGUGCUGCGCCGGUGCGGUGAUGAACGAAGGCUAAAGCAGCACCUAGAUGAAUUGAAAAAGGAAUACUCUUGCAUCUUCUCAUUGGUCGCAAAUAGCGAACCACUGGGCUGUUGCCGUCCAUCUUUGAUGGAGUGUGUUACUGUGACCUUUUUCUACGCUCUGCAAAUAUACCUUCACCGGAGCUGCGAAUCGGCCUUCGGCGCAGAUCCUGUACCCGAAGAAGUCCGCUGCGCUCUCAGCUCACUAAUCACUUGUGCGUAUAAGACAGUUACCAUUGGGUCCGCCCAAUUGCUGGAACGGUUCCAGUGGUCUCUGUUCAUUGGGGGGAUUGAGACAUGCGAUCCUGUACAUCGAGAGUGGAUCAUAACGUAUCUUUCAGACCCCGCACUUAAGAGAGUCUUUCAGCUCGUGCAGGAAGCAAAGAGACAUUCUCCAGUAACCAUGCAAAUCCUCCGACGAAUAGUUGGCGGUGGGCCGUGA